AAUACAAUUACACAACUUGCCAAAACUCUACUCUUGUUUCUUGAUUUCUUCUUCUUCCUUUAAUCUGUAAUUAUUGUCACUCAAUAAUUUUAAGUUUAAGUUUAGGUACUUUUCUGGUCUUCUACAAAGAUCAAAUGUCUGCUGCAAUUACUCUGAGACCAACCCACUCUCUCAAGAACAAUCCCCCAAUCUUUCUGAUUGGAGUUGUAGAAGUGUAGUUUGUUGCUUUCAAAUGUUAGGGGAAGGGGAAAAAGAUUGGUCAUCGGUUGGGAACCGGAAAAGUUUUUCACGGUCAGUAUCCUGGACUGGCCGGUCACCCUCACAUUCUAGUUCCAAAUCACAAUGGAACAGCAAGGCUCGAGCUUGUUUGCCUCCCCUUCAGCCUCUCUCUAUUUCUAGACCGAACGUUGAGGAGUGGCCAAAGCCUGGUUCAGAUGAUCUUGGCAUAUGGAAUAGUCCUCCUACUCCUGGUGUUAGACCUGGAUCAAUCACUCCCCGUGAAAACUCAUAUUCGGGGCAGCCUCCAAAAGAAUUUGAGUUCAAGAAAGACAAGCUUGCAUAUUUCAACAAGGAGUGUUCAAGGAUUGUAGAUUAUGUAUAUCUAGGAAGCGACACGGUGGCAAAGGAUCGUGAAGUUCUCCGUCAGAAUGGGAUUACUCAUGUGCUGAAUUGUGUUGGAUUUCUUUGCCCAGAGUAUUUCAAAAAUGAUCUGGUAUACAAGACAUUAUGGCUACAGGACAGCCCAUCUGAGGAUAUAACAAGUAUCCUUUAUGAUGUAUUUGAUUACUUUGAAGAUGUUCGAGAACAAGGUGGCCGAGUCUUUGUCCAUUGUUGCCAGGGGGUUUCCCGAUCUACCUCUUUGGUCAUUGCUUAUCUUAUGUGGAAAGAGGGGCACAGUUUUGAAGAAGCAUUCCAGCAUGUUAAGGCUGCGCGAGGAGUUACAAACCCCAAUAUGGGAUUUGCUUGCCAACUUUUGCAAUGCCAAAAAAGGGUACAUGCUAUGCCUGCAAGCCCAAGUUCAUUGCUAAGGAUGUACCGGGUGGCGCCUCACUCACCAUAUGAUCCCCUUCAUCUGGUAGCCAAAUUGUUAAGUGAGCCAGGAGCAAAAGGGCUUGAUUCUCGUGGAGCAUUCAUUGUUCAUGUCCCUUUAGCUUUAUAUGUAUGGAUUGGAAAGCACUGUGUGUUGGUGAUGUCUGAUGCAGCCAGGGCAGCUGCCGAUCAGGUUAUCCAUUAUGAAAGAGCAAGGGGUCCAAUUUUAAUUAUCAAAGAAGAUGAGGAGCCAUCUGAAUUCUGGGAUGCUCUUGGGAAGGAGAGAGAAGCUGAAACUGUGGAAGCCUUGUCUGACGGGAGCUCCAUUGUUGUGGCUCCAAUUCGUCCACAUAUCACUGGGCGCGCUGUUCAAGAAUAUAAUUUAGAUUUUGAAAUUUUUCACAAAGCACUUGCUGGUGGAGUGGUGCCUGCUUUUCCUUUGUCAGGGAAUGGAUCUGAGACCCAUCUUCCUGCUCGUGUAAACGGCUGGAGCAGAUUGAGAAAGAAAUUUGCCAGUGGAAUUAUGAAAGAACUUAUCACAUCAUCCAAAUUAAAUGGUGACCGGCCCCAAACAAACCAUGGAUGUGGUGAUGUUGAGACUUUGGAAGAAGUUGAACACGUCCUCUCACCUACAGAUCCUUCGUCUCCUUCAAGUUAUCAGUGUGAUUCACCAGAUUCUUUUGCUUCUUAUGCAACAAACAGCCCAAGUUGGAUAAAGGAUUCUUGUACAGAAGUGAAUUACGCAACUCCUCUAACUGAUCCUUCACUAUCUCGAACCCCUUCCUUCAGUUCCUUGGAUUCUUUUCCUAGUCCUCAUGUUAGUCGACCAAAGUCUGAUACUACAUCACCCUUGCUCUCACCUUCAACUUCUGACUACUCCAGUUCUUUUACCUUCUCACCCUCAUCUUCUAACUGGUCUGAUCUGUCCUAUCUGUCUGCUCAGCCAUCACCUUCAGUAUCGGAAUCUAAAGAUUUAAAUUCUGGUAAAAAUGCACACUUGGAGGAAGGUGCACCUCUCCUCUGUGAAGGAAAUUCUCCACCAGAAGAUAAUUCUUCUUCUGCUCAUGCUUGGCAGAUGGCGAACACUUGUUCUCCAUGUAGAGGGAGGUCCCUUUCUUUAGCAGAGCGAAGAGGCAACAAUCCUCCUCCUCGGAUGAUGUUACCUUCAGUCGAUGAAACAUCCCAAGUUCCAGUCAACUUGAUGAGAUCGUGGUCAUUUGCUCUUCCUGACCUUGAAGAUGAAAUGAUGAAUGAUGUCGAUUUUAACAAACACUCUCAAGAAAGUUCUUUGGAAAUGAAUACUGAAGAGUUAGUAUUGGACAGUGAUACUUUCAUGGCAGACAAUGAAAUUUCUAAUGCAGUCAAAGAUGAACAUUUUGGGACUUGUCGUCUUCCACCUGAUGCUGUACAAGAUACUGCUACUGAAGUAACUAACUUAGUUCUUUAUCAGUGGCCUUCUAUGCAUGAAGUGGAAAUGCAUUAUGGCAUCCUUGAUUCGAGAUCUGUGUAUAUCAUGUUUGUUCAAGACACGAAUUUGGGCACCCAAGAUGAUUAUGUUUUGUACGUGUGGGUAGGGCGUGAAGCAUCACAGAAGGGAGGGAAAACUAGGAAGAAUAGCACAUUUGAGGAUGGAUGCAUCAAGUGGGAGACAAUUGGGCGUGAUUUUCUUCUUCAGAAGGGUUUAGCUACAAGCUCUGUUGUUCAGAUAGUCAAAGAAGGUGAGGAACCAGAGCUGCUUUUGAAGCAUUUUCCCUGUUUCUCAUUCCAGAACACAUUGGAUGAUGGGAAUUAAGUAGGAGAAAGGAGCCAACAGUUUUUCUAAGUCUAGUUCCUGAAUUUCAGCAUCCGCCAUAUUGCGAGGGACCUGCAACUGAAUACAGGUCUCGUAAGUUAAUUGGGAUCCCAGGCAGUAGAGUUAUCUUUCCGCUUGUGCGAUGUAAGGUGCGGAACAUUCCUGGGAUCAUGUACAGGUGACCAGUUGCGAUAAAAUCCAGAAGUAUGUAAGUUUCUUUGGAAUAAGUUAAAAACUACAGUCAUUUUCUUUAGUAACUUCAUUCAGCUAUAAUUGGUUACAUCCAACCUCAAAAGGUGUUGGUCUUUAGUCUGAAUAUGAAGACGAUCUUUGCUGACUUGCACAAGUUUCGCCGGCUUUGAAUUUGAUGCUGGGGAAAACUCUGCUUGCGGAGAUUUAGGUCAUGCAGUGAGGCAAAAUUAAGUGAUUCUCUUUCCUUCUUAUACAAGCUAUACUCCUGUAAUUUUUGUAUAAAACAUAGUGAAAAGAAUCUUAUAGAAACACUCUGCAGGUUUGGAUGUUAUCCAUGCUUUCUGUCAUUUCGAAGAA